GCUAAAGUGUGAAAAAUGAAAAAACUGGUGCUGCUUUUAUUCCUUCCUUCUUUACCAAGGAGUCGGGUCAUCUUCCAGACAGUCCAAGAAUGCGUUUUACAACCUCAGCGUGUUAGCGCGUGCUAUAAACUGGGUCAUUAUCUGGCGUUUACUGCACAUUUUUUUUUUUUAAAGUUCAAGGCAGUCUCGGACUCUCCGCAUACGAAAACUGGAAACUGGCUAGUGUGUCUGGCUGGUAUGCCUCUUCUUCCCCGUCUCCUGCCACACCUCGGCCACAGUGAGGGCUUAAGUGUCUUCCUGUUUGGAUACCAGGAAUCGAACUGGAAUCCGGAUGACGGGAGUCAGUCCUCCCGGACACUGCCUCUACCUGAGUCAGGCAAUCGCCCUAGGCACAGCUUGCUGACCUCAUACAGUCUUUCUGGGGUGGCGGAUGGACGCUUUCAAGUUCGUCUCAUCGAGGAGUCCGGCCGUGCAGACUCGGCCUCGAUGAAUCAGUUCGGUGCGGUCUCUGACGGUGGGGCGGGUCCUGUGACCUAUGUUGGCAUCUGUUUACCUUCCCAACUACGAGUGUGCUUUUCCUGCUGCUGGAAGGUCUGCUGCUGCUGCUGUUUCAUCAUUUCCGACCUCCCUGCAAGGUGACAUUCUGCUCUGCUAGACUCGGGAUCUCCUUCCCCGCCCUCCUGCCUGGAGCAUAAAUGCUUGCGGACGCGCGGGGCGCCCCACCGCAGCGCCCCGAAAAGCUGGCCGACCUCCAGCCUUGCACUCAAGCCGCCCUUAGCGCUUUAAGAGUCCGCGCUGCAAGGAGGGCCGACGCCGGGUCCCUAACCGAGGUGUCGCGAGAAGCAGCGCCGCAGCGGCCACUUCUCGCGAUGUUUGGCGGGGCGAAGGGCGGCCAUUUUGGGGUCCCCCCCGCAGGUGGCUCCGGCGGCGUCUCCCGGGCUGCGGCUGGGACCAAAGCUGGCCCCGCAGGAGGCCGGCCGGCCGACACGAUGUGGCGGCUCCGCUGCAAGGCCAAGGGUGGCACCCACGUCCUGCAGGGGCUGUCCUGUCGGACCCGCUUACGGGAACUUCAGGGCCAAAUCGCCGCCAUCACCGGGAUCGCUCCGGGCAGUCAGCGCAUCCUCGUCGGCUACCCGCCCGAGUGCCUGGAUCUCAGCGACCGGGACACAAUGCUCGGGGACCUGCCCAUCCAUUCAGGCCCAGCUUGGGACAUUCUCCACUUCCUUCACUUCCCCUCUGGGGGUCCCUUUCACCACCCCUGCGCCUUGCUUCAGGCGAUGCCCAAGAGGGAGCUUUGACCAGCAGGGCCUUGCUCAGAACCCGGGACCCACAUCGGCCGCUGUGACAGCAUGAUGAGCGCCACCUCCACCCACUCUGGAUCUAGUGACAACAGCUACGACUUCCUGUCUGCCGAAGAGAAGGAGUGUCUGCUCUUCCUGGAGAAGACCAUUGGCUCCCUGGAGGCUGAGGCUGACAGUGGACUCUCCACGGACGAGUCAGAGCCAGCCACCAGUCCUGGAAGUUUCCGAGCACUACCCAUCACCCAGCAGGCUCCCCAGGGAAACCCAGAGGUGAGAGACAGUCAGCAGGCGCCCACACCAAAGAGAGUGGCCCACUCCUCCGGUCCUCCUGAGUCUCACGGUCUGGGCCUCCGGUCUGGUUCCUACAGCCUUCCUAGAAACCUUCACUUUGGCAGAAGCCAGAACCUCAGGGAAAGCACCACCCAGACGAACAGCCAGGAAACAUCUGAGGUGUUAGCAGAGGCUGAGAAAGGGCAGACCAGCCAGAGCACUAAGCCCAUCCAGCCCAUCCAGCUGCUAGCCCCAUCCCAGCAGACUGCCCUUGACCUGAACACAGUUCUCAUUCCCCCACCGGAGGCUUUUCAAGACGUUAGGCCAAGACAAAGUGGAGAAGAGAGCCCACCUGGAGAGCUAGGAGAGAAGAGACACACACCACAGGCUGGUACUCUGGUCAGCUCCCCGAAGAAAGAGGAAAUAUCUUCAGAAACUAUGUCCCAUAAAGCCACUGAGAAAGGCCAGACAGAAAGCCCACAACAGCCACAGCUGCCUCCUGCCCAGUCAUCUCAGAACACAAGAGCUGAAGAGGCUCCCCUGCCAUCAGAGGUCAAGCCAAAUACCCAACAGGCUCCCCUCACAGCCCCCAAGCCACGCAGGCUGCCUCCUAAUAUCGUAUUGAAGAGCAGCCGAAGCAGUUUCCACAGCCACCCCCAGAACUGGCUGUCAAAUCACACCGAGGCUGCAGACUCUGCCCCUGUCCCUUCUUCCCUGCAGGAACAAAAGAAAGCCCGCAAAGAGGCUCUGGAAAAGCUCGGGCUGCCCCAGGACCAAGAUGAUCCCAGCCUACUUGUAAAACAUACAAGUACCCUCAAAGUCAGGGAGGCUCAGGCUCAGAGCCCUUCCCGGGCCCAGGCCAUGGUUCAGCAAGCACCUCCAACCAUGGUCCCAGGGGCUGCUUCUGCUGCAGGGAAAACUUCCCCAGGGAAGGCUGUCACUCCAAUGGCCUCUUCGGGCAAGAGGAUUCCUGCGCAGGAAACCCCUCCAGGGAAGGUCACAGCUGCCAAGUCUCUGCCCAUUCCUAUCCCAAAGGCCUCAAAGGAAAACAGUUCCCUGACAAGGCCCAGUCCUGAUCCACGGCUGACCCUCCAGGAAAGUAGCAUCCCUGGCCUGAGGCAGAUAAACUUCAAGUCCAAUACCCUGGAGCGUUCAGGUGUGGGGUUGAGCAGCUAUCUCUCAGCAGCAGAGAAAGACCCCAAACGCCAAACCAGUACAUCGCUGGGAAAGAGCCCCAUCUUGGGCAAGGCCUCACCCAGCGUCUUGCGUAACUCCCGGCCCCGGCCUGCCUCCUUGGGCAUGGGAAAGGACUUUGCAGAAAUCCAGGGGCCCAAAUUGGUUGGCCUGGAGCAGGGCCAGCGCUCCCAGCAGCUCUCCUUCAAAGGACAGAGCCAGGACAAGCUUCCUCGACCCCCCUGUGUCAGUGUCAGGAUAUCCCCAAAGGGCAUCCCUGAUGGGCACAGGAGGGAGGCGCUAAAGAAGCUGGGACUGCUGAAGGAGUAGCUAGGCCAUGGCAUAGCCAGCACCAACCCACCAGAAGAGACUGGCUCUACCGAGAGCCUUUCGGCCUCACAGCUCAGGGCUGCCAUCUUCCUUGUGGAGAAGGAAGAGGUUUGAGUCCAAGCAUAUGUUUGUACUCAGAGCAGCUGUGCUGUUCAGUACUUACACAGAUCUAAAGACGAGUCUCACAGGACGGGGAGGGAGAAGGAGAGAGAAGCCUUACAUAUCACUGCCACUGUUUAUGUAACUCAAGAGUCACUGUUCAAAACUCUGUUCUUGGUUGAGAUUCUACAGGCAUAAAGUUCGGCGUGUCCCAGAACUGAGUGGAAUAGAGUCCAGGGAGAAGUGGACAAGUUGAGUGAGACAAAGGAGAUGGAAUGCUUAAAAGAUGACUUACAUUGCACAUGUGACUACGGUCACAUGAGCUGUGGGAUGAGUUUCUGCAGUGGAUGGAGACUGCCUCAUAUAUGCCAUGCCUCUCUCUCAGGGUCUUCUGGAAAUGGCCUGAGGCCAAGGGGAGCUGGUUCAGUAUCUCUUUACCCACUGCCUUUCCCUGUCGCUUCUUGCAGGGUGGGACAUAUCCGUGUCUCUAGAUCUCAUAGCUCACUGACAGCAGGAGGCACUCCCAGGUCUGAGAAAGCUGGGUAAAUGGCACACACUCCUCCAUUUCUACCUGGAAGAAUCCAUGUCAUGGGCUUGAAGAAUAUAAUAAUAAACUGUGCCAUGGCCUGUGGCUCUGGAG